UUUUCGUUAUUACGUAGUCAUAAUGCUUAGAUGCUUGUUUAUUAAUGUGUUGAAAUUACUGCCUGGUACAAACUAAUAUAUAACCUCAACGUUUGGAUGGUAAUUCUAUGUCUGGUCACAUAUACAUUUUAAUUACACGUUCGUUCUGAGUAAUAUGGAUUAAUUUUGUGGAAACUUUAUAGUUUGUGUGUAAUACUGCUAUUGCUAUAUUUAUGUGUAACAUAUGGACAUUGUAACGUAGAGUGUUAAAAGGUGUGUUCACUGCACAAACCCCAGCGCAUUCUGAUUGCAGUUUUAGAUAUUUGAAACCAUCACCCCAUAUUUUCUCCCCCUCAGACUGUUAGUUAGGUCCGUUGCCUGGCUACAGUACAGCCUGAAGGUCUUUUGAAUGUUUCUAAAAACAAAGCAGGAGACAGUUCUACAAACACAAUGAAGGUUUGAUUGGGUGACAGGCUGUAAUAACACAUCAGCUCAAAUUUCCUCAGUCAAGAACAAGAACAAAACUAUUCAAUUCUCUUCCUCUCUUCCUUGAAGCUGGAAUAUUAUGCUGCAAAAAGAGAGGGCCAAGAGCGGUUAUUUGUGAUUCUGAGGACUGAAAUUUGCAUUUUAUUUGGUUAAAUCGCAACUGAGUAUGUGGGGGUGGGUCGGAGACAAAUCAGAUAUAUCUCACUUUGGAGUCUUUGAAAAUUUGUUGUUAAUGUAAUAAAAGAACCCGGUUCUUGAAUUAAAAAUGCAAACGUUUUCUUUUAUCGGAUUGGGUUAGGAUUCUGAGCAUUUACAUUAAAACGUAGCAUGUCUUUAUUUAGAUAAAAGAAAAAAACUUGAACGCGUACUCUUGGUCUCGUGUACUAACAUCACGCGCAUUUAAGAUUUGCUCGUGCAACUUGCUACCUCAGGCGCGAGCGCUUGCUGUUGCUAAGAGCAACUUGGCUGCUCUUCUGUAAAACAGUAGACAGUCAUCUCCUCUUAUAAACGUUCUUCAACAUUGUACUAUACAGAACGUUUGACUUUUAGAGCCAUUAUAAAGCAACUGAGCUCGAUGCGUAAUUUCUAACAAUUAGUUUCUUCGUAGCGCAUAACGCACUUUGGGAAAAGGGUUUGCAGAAGAUUUUCAAAUCUUAAAGCAUUUGAUUCAGAAUGUCUACUGUGGCUUCAGUACGGCUCCCGGCCAUUCAACACCCUUCAUCAAGACUUGGAGAUCCGGAACUCAUCUCUCUCCGGGGUUAUUCCACAGACGGCGGCAGAGAUCAGAGAUGCUGGGUUCCUCCGAGAGGAACCAGACCUCGGUCUCCUGGGACGGAAAGCCUGGACUCUGCUUUUCGCAGUGAGAGCAGAAGAAGUGAUAUCAGUUCUCUGCUGGAGAAAGGAAAAAGAGGAGGAUUAGAUAUUCCAGAGAAUAUCCCCGAGGGAGACGAGGUCAUCCCCGCACAGGAUAAAUCCAAACUACCCGCCUUCCUUCACAAGGCAGCAUCAGAGAAUCGCUCCAUAAGUAGAGUCUCUCAUACAACACACUCCAGCACUGGGCCAUGGAUGACGAAUCAAACUGAUGACCAGCUGGAGGAUGAGUUAAAAGAGCGCAUUCAAAAUACAGGAGCUCUGACACUCAAAAUCCUGUUCAAGAACAACCACCCUGACGGCAAACCUCUGGUCAACAGAUCUGCAUUACUUGAGAUCCUUACAAAUUUCCUGAGGAAGCCUGUCACAGCUAAACAGCUGAAAAAACUUCUAUUUCGCCUGCACCUCUCUGACCGAGUGCUUAUCAGUUUUGAGGAGUUUUAUAGUGCCCUGAAAGACCCAGACUCCAAUAAAAGUAACCCCGCAGGUCUUCUUACCAUUCCUCAGACAAUGGCUCUGCUGAGAGGACCUGCAUGCAGCAGGUUUCUGGAGAGUAUAGAGGUUUUGUGCAAGUCAGACAGUCUUACUGAAAGCUGGAUUUCUGCCCCAGAGUUCAGAAAUAUUCUCAACAAACUCAAACUUCACUUGAAAGAUAAUGAUUUUGAAAAAUUAUGGAAAAGGUUAGAUGUGGAUGGACUUGGAGCAGUUAAACAGACUAUUUUUCUAAAGAAAUUGGGCUUGAGCAGAAGGAUUGAACCAAACAAUGAGAAAAACUACCACACUUGCAUUACCCCAAAACCUGAGGAGACAAAAGCUCCUGGUAGGACACUCUCUAAAGCAGAAGAGGAGCGCCACACAUCUGUCGCCAUAGAGACCUGGCUGAAGGAGAGAUUCAGGGAAGGAGCUCAGAGGAUGAAAGCAGAGUUUGAUAAACUGGAUCCUGAGAACAGUGGAAAGGUGAGGGCUGCAGACUUUCUGCAGGUGUUGAGGAAGUUUGACCUGCAUCUGAAGAGAGAGCACCUGGCUCUCUUUCUGUCUCAGUGUGGUCUGAAGCUGAAAAAGGGUUGUGUACAGUACUUGAACUUCCUGCGCACCUUCCAAGACAGAAGUUCAGACGGCAUCACUCACAAGAUCAUCUCCAACCCAAAACACCGGUUUCAUUCCAAUGAAAACAUCAGUGGUGCUUCCUCUUUAAGUGCCAUAGAGGUCAAAUUAACUCGCCUGUUUCAGUCAGAGUACCUCUCCCUCCUCCAGACCUUUCAGAACAUUGACAAGCUUAAUAAAGGGACUAUUAGUAAAGAAGAAUUCAGAGCUGCUAUGGAGAGCAGGUUUGGCCUGGAGAUUUCCGACCCUCAGUUUGAGCAGCUGCUGGACAGGCUCCCUCUUGACCGCCAUGGAAAUGUGCAGUACCCGAUCUUCAUGGCAGCUUUUGACACCAGAAAAGGAGUUCCCAGCCUCUUCCAGGCAGCCGCCCAGCCUGUCUUGAAUCAUAAUUCAGGCGAGGAGAAGGGCUCAGGAGAGGAUCGGAGUGACCAUGAGCUGUUUAGUCUGGUGAAGAGUUUGGUGGCAAAUCGUUACAGAGAUGUGCUGAGAGAGUUUGAAGAACUGGAUGAGAAAAACACCAGACGUCUCACUCAGGAGGACAUGUACCAGUUACUUAAAAGGUUAGAGCUCCAUCCUGAGGUAACUCGUGGAGAGGUCCGAAGGUUGUGGUCCUCCUUGUUCACUCAGCAGGAUGGAACUGUGGACUUUCAACAGUUUAUACGUCACUUUGGCCCGUCGCCCAAAUCCUGCUGUUACCCCAAUGCCAAGCACAAUCCCCCCAAACGUGGAGACAAUGACUUCAUGCGCCUCUCCAAAACACUCAACUGCGUCUCAGAUAUACUUGUGGAUGCUCUGCGGGCCAAGGUGGAGUUGUCUGUUUCUGAGCUCUGGACUGAGUUCUCUGGAAUGGAUUUUUCUGGAACAGGUUUUGUUAGCAGUGAUGAAUUUAAAGAGAUCCUUAUGAGUCUCUGUGUUCAUCUCAGUCAGUAUGAGUGUGAUCUACUGGCCAGGAAGUUUGACAUCAACCAUGAUGGCAGCGUAUCCUACACGGAAUUCCUCAAGCCUUUUCUAUCCCAGAGUCAAAUAUGGAAGCAUGGAUCCAAUAUGGCAGCUGCUCUGCAGACUCCCAGAGACCCUAAAGAAAUGUCCACCUCGGAAACAUUAAAUCGCAGGAUCCGGAAAAAGCUCCAGCGUAAGGCCAGGGCUCUUAGCAAGGCUUGUGCCCGGCUGGAUGGCUCCAGCACUGGGCUUCUGUCUACAGCUGAGCUGGGUGCUGUGCUACAGCUGUUUGGAGUGUGUCAGAGCCAAGAAGAGCUGAGGAGUGUGUUCUCUACCCUUCACACACACCCGUCUGGACUCCUAGACUACCGCCCGCUCCUAAUGGACAAACACGGGACAUCCAGUCACAACCAGCAGGCCAAACAUCAGCUCAGCCAAAGGAGUCAAUAGGUCAGAGGUUUCAAACAAAUGAUGGCUACACUGGCUUAGUAAAUUUGUAAGUUGGAGAUGUCACAAUUUCUUUCACGUAAAGAGAGAUACAAAACACCUUAACCCUAUUGGCUUUAUGCAGAAAAAAAUAAUAUUCAAGUAAUAUUCAUGAUA